UUUAUUUUCGCUUCAAGCAUUAAUUUUGACAUUUCAUUUAGCACAAUUGACAAUUUGACUGGACUGGAAGUCAGCACAAACCUUAGAGGACAUCGGGAUACGUGCGGGAAAUAUAAAACAAAUGACUAUCACCCAUGUCGCCAUGGAAGUGCAAGUAAAAGGUCAUGAUCAAGUGGCAGUAACUCCACCGCCAAGUACCACUUUCGACAAUGGGGACAGACAGAGCCGCCAUCAAGGAAGGAAUCUUGAAAAAUCAGUUGCCGCUGGCGGCGAUAGCUCAACUCUAAUUAUGGCUAAUAAUAAAUUUCACAUAGAUACAUAUCCAAAUGCAGAAGAAGACGAUCACUUUUGCGGGGAGAAAGGUCGGGAGCCGCAGUUCUUGCAUGGAGAUGAAGCAGCCCAAUACCUGCUCGAAGAACAACAGACACACCAUCACCAAGUGACGUGGUUAGAUAUUGACAACCUUGAUUUGGCAACAUUGGAUAUGGGAAACAUGUUCAACCGUGUGGACAGUGCCGAAAUUAUAUACCAACAGAAAAAGAAAAACAUUAAAAUGGUUGGCAAAUAUGUGAUGGGUGAUGUGCUAGGAGAAGGUUCCUAUGGCAAAGUAAAAGAGGUCCUUGAUUCAGAGAAUCUGUGUCGAAGAGCGGUAAAAAUAUUAACUAGGCGCAAGUUGAGGCGCAUACCUAAUGGUGAACAGAACGUACAGAGGGAGAUUAAGCUAUUAAAACAAUUGAAGCAUAAAAAUGUAGUGGCUCUAUUAGAUGUUUUGUACAACGACGAGAAACAGAAGAUGUAUCUAAUAAUGGAAUAUUGUGUUGGAGGCCUCCAGGAAAUGCUCGACAAUGCCCCUGAAAAGAAAAUUCCAUUAUAUCAAGCCCAUCGAUAUUUUCGCCAACUAAUAAAUGGCUUAGAAUAUUUGCAUGGCAUGCGAGUAAUACACAAGGACAUAAAACCAGGUAAUUUACUGCUGACUUUAGAUGAGACCCUAAAAAUAUCGGACUUUGGAGUUGCUGAGCAACUGGAAUUGUUUGCUCCAGACGAUACUUGCACAACGGGACAAGGGUCUCCGGCAUUCCAGCCUCCAGAAAUCGCCAAUGGCCUGGAAUCAUUUUCGGGUACAAAAGUUGACAUUUGGAGCAGUGGAGUUACUCUUUAUAACCUAUGCACAGGAAAAUAUCCAUUCGAUGGCGACAAUAUUUAUCGCCUACUUGAAAGCAUUGGUCGCGGACAGUGGGAAGCCCCCGAUUGGCUAUACAAGCUAGAUGAGAAACUUGCUGUGUUAAUCCUUGGGAUGCUACAGGAUAACCCGGAGGAACGUUAUUCUAUACAGCAAAUAAGGCAAGAUCCCUGGUUCAUUUCGGCACCCGAAGAAAAGGGACCACCGAUACCCAUUCCGCCACUAAAAAGUGAUAAAUAUCGACGCUCUACUGUACUGCCUUAUUUGGAUGCCUACCAUUACGAAACUGAUCGUGAUUUGGAAGAAGUAUAUUUUACCGAACAUGACCUAAACCAAGAGUUAGCACGCAAAGCUGCCGCUGCCGCCGCAGAAAUUAAAGCUCAGCAACAGCACAAUUCUUUUGCAACAAUGGCAGCUUCAUCGAGUAACUAUCACAAUGCACAAUCUUGUUCCAAUUCUGCUUCCCACCACACCAAGGAGAAAAAGUCAUCCUCAUUGAAAAGACGAGCAAAAAAACUUACCUCAUGUAUUUCUGUGCGAAAGUUAUCUAACUGUCGUCCCUCUUAGGAUUUGGCAAUGGAAAACAAAAUGAAUAUGUGCACCCGUGGCAAUUAUCGAAGAUAUACCCAAACACAUGUCACUUCUUUAAUGCACGCCCAUGCAGUAGUUUAUAUGUUUUCCCAAUUUCAGGUGAAGCGUAGUUAUUUUUAAUUUUCUUACUUUUGUUGGCUCCUUAAUUGGAAUAUUUCGAUUUACAAUAUUUCUUUGUUGUUAUAGUAUUUAUUUAGUUAUAUCUACCAUCGAUUAGACUAAAUAAUUUGUGUAUAUUUUUAAGUUGUUAAACUUUUUAUUUACUGCAUAGUUGAUAGAUGAAACAAUAAAACAAUGAAAUUGCAAGAAA